ACUAACUGCAGAACUCUUCAAAAUGAAGUCUUCAUAUUAUGCGAUUGUAUAUCUGGUUCUUCUGGCAGGAGUAUUUCCUAAUCAGGUGAACUGUGUGUGUUGGCAGGAUGUAGCACUCGCUGCAGGUGGUGCCGUUGUAGGUGUUGUAGCAGCCCCUGUUGUAGCAUCCGCCGCAUUAGGGGCCGCUGGCUUCACUGCAGCCGGGACGGCAGCUGGGUCUGCUGGAGCAGCCUUGAUGUCUACCUAUGGUGGCAGUAUUGCCGCAGGCAGUGCCGUCUCGGUUAUGCAAUCGGCAGGAGCAGCUGGUGUAGGAAUUGCUGGUCAGGCCCUGGGGGGCGUCGUAGCCGGAGGGGCUGCCUAUACCGCCGGAGGAGGCAAAUGUGGAAAACAUUGUGACUGAUAAUUUCUAAUUGUUCAACACGAUCAAAAGACAUGCCAACUUUUAAAGGUUUAACAUAGGAACAUUUGAGAUCUGGAACGUAGUAGAUUUUGAAAAGAUGAAUCUAAAAUAGUAGUUAAAAUGAUUUCUUCGAUCACUGAAUGCUGUUUCAUAUCAGAACAUAGUAGUCGUUCGCCAAGAGUUACGUCCCCUUCACAUCUCCGUCGUAACAGGCUUCCCAUUAGAAAGAUACGACAUUUGGCAUGUUUUUAUUAAAGUUAAGGUACAAAUGGUUGUUGCUACAUCUAUUACAUUUCGUGACAACGACACAAGGAUGUUUUAUGCAUGCUCCAGUAGUUAUAAUGAAAAGCAAUCAAAGGAAACAUCCGUAAAAUUACUCGAGUUCAUCUUGCAGCUUGCUGCUAUUACAACGUGAAACACCAUGGCGGACGAACGGGUUUCCCCAAGUUCAAUAUAGGUUGCUAUAAAUAUUUAUCCAAUAAGCUAUUACGCUCGAUAUGACGCAUUAGGGAUUUAAUCCCAUCUGUCAAAUGAAAUUGGUCAACAGAAAAUCUAUUUUAAGCCCGUAAUUACCGGCAUGACGAUGCAGUGUUGAUGCAAAUAGACGCCUUCAGAAAUAGUUCCGGGCCAAGGAAAAACGGACCAAUGACAACAAAAUUGAAACAGUAACUUUAUUAACAACAAUAAAUUGACAUUCCUUGUCAAAUAAAGCAUAUAUCAAAACUAGAUAUACAUAUAUCCAUUAUCAAAAGCCAUCACUCCACAACUAUUUUUUUUAUUUAAAACGAAGUCAGAAACACUUGCAUAUUUAUAUGUAGCCACAAUGGCUUGUCUAGAUAAUUAAGAUAAUAAAAAUAAUUUCGAAAA